AUGGUCCGGCCAUGGUUUUCCGGCGAGAAGGAAAAGGGCGAAGGAUUUGCAGUCGUAGGGUUUAUGCGGGGGGUGGCGGCCGCCGUCAUGGGCUGCUUCUUAGGCUGUUUUCGCGCCAAGAACACUCGCUCACAUGUGUCUGCCUCGCAGAAACGUCCGACGGGGCACGACGAGCAUGCACUUUCAGCGCUCUUGCUUUCUGAUGACGAUUCACUUCGAAAUAGAGGGAAAAAUCGCAAGCUGGUGACCGAAGAUGCUGAUGCCAGGGAGCUAAAAAACGAGGCCAUGUUUCUUAAAGCAUGUGGAACUUUACCGGAAACCCCACCUGAAAUUCGGAAAGCCUCAGGGAAAUGGGUUGAUUCAUCAUCUAAUGAGGAGCAAUCACUGAAUUUCAAUUCAUGGCUUCCUACUGCAUCUAUUGAGAAGCUGAAACUAGAGAAUCCACUUGAUGAAUAUCCACCGCUGGUGAAGUUUUCUGAAGAAUGUGUGGUUGAAACGAGUAGCUUGGUGGACUCUCCCAGCAGCUGCAUGACUGACGGACAUAACACGAGAAGAAGCUCAAUCAUUUCCACUCAAAGCAGUGAUGUUCAGAUCGUUAUUACUCCCACAGAUGUGCCUGAUAAAGGGACUCACUCUCCACCAAUUUUAACCAUUUCUCCUGUAGCUUUUGCCACAAGUGCACGGGGGAAAAACAAGUCUGUGCGUUUUGAGUGUGACCGUGAUAGCUCGACUUUUUCAUCCGAAUCUUACAGCGAGCGCUCAAAGAGCUCCGGAUCUUCUGGUUAUUCUAGUGAAUCAAAACCUUCACCAUAUCCGACCCCACUGAAAUUAUCUGAUGAGAUGCAGACCCCUGGUACCGUGUUUCCUGCUUACUCAAACAAUAUGGCUGACGGAAAAACUAACAGGAUCCGGUCUCAGUAUGUCUACUCUGUCUUAAACCCGAUUGAUAAUCACUCCUUAUGGAAAGAUUUGAAGAAUGACGAUUGUGAUGCGGACGGCUCAGGUGAGUCUGUUAAGAUAAAAGAUGAAGAACCCUUAAUAUCAGCUCCAGUACCCACAACUCCCACAAAUGAACUUUCAUUUGGAGAAGAUAGGAAGCAUGAAGGGGGAUUUUCUGGGUCCAAUCAACACUCAGACAAUCAAAAUGGUGAUUACGACAUUAUUGGUGAAAAUGUUCGUAUUGAAAGAACCCAUGGAGAUAGGCCUAUUCUGGGAAUGGUGGCUACACACUGGAAUGAAAACAGCGACUCUCACGUUUCUCCUAAAUGGUGGGGCGGGAAUGGAAUCCCAAACUCAACUACCAAGUACAAAGAGGAUCAGAAAGUUAGUUGGCAUGCAACACCGUUUGAGGAGAGGCUGGAAAAGGUCUUAUCUGAAGAAAAUUUUGUAUCCCAGAGGAAGAGGACUUUUGGCGGGACCCCACCCGUUGAGUUCCACGAAACUGAAGAAUUUGAUGAUGCCUCAUCACCAGAGGAGGAAACUUAUCCACAUCUCUAA